AUGAUAAGCAAUCAAACUGUUACUAAUAUUCCACUUUCUCCGGUUUGUUCGUCAUUGCCUACUCCACCACCUAUCAAGGACUAUUCUAACAAGAAGGAUAUACCUGACCAUAAACAAGCAUUGAUGCAGAGUGAUAAUGUUGAUUUUGUCGAAUUUGUAGGAUCGGAAUAUAAGAAAAAAAUCAAAGGCGAAACAAUACAAAAUUAUAGAUUAUUACCUCAACAGCUUCUUUGUAAUCAGAAAACAGCUUGUUUUGCUUCACCUUUAAUUUUAUAUUUGCCAUCAAUUUCUGCUUCAAAAUCAGAAAUUGCUGCAGCUUCAUAA